AUGUCUGGGCGCGGGAAAGGAGGCAAAGGGCUGGGCAAGGGCGGCGCGAAGCGGCACCGCAAGGUGCUGCGCGACAACAUCCAGGGCAUCACCAAGCCCGCCAUCCGCCGCCUGGCGCGCCGCGGCGGCGUGAAGCGCAUCUCGGGGCUGAUCUACGAGGAGACGCGCGGCGUGCUCAAGGUCUUCCUGGAGAACGUGAUCCGCGACGCCGUGACCUACACCGAGCACGCCAAGCGCAAGACUGUCACCGCCAUGGACGUGGUGUACGCGCUCAAGCGCCAGGGCCGCACCCUCUACGGCUUCGGCGGCUGAGCGGCCUGCCUGGGCUUCUUCAGUCGCGCCCGGCCCUUGGCGGCCCCUCACCGCACGCAAGGCCCUCCCGGCCGCCGCCGCUUCCCGCAGGUCCUCCGAGCGCGUGUUCACCGCCUAAAAAUCAAAGGUCCUUUUCAGGGCCACCUACCUUGGCUUAAAGGAGCUGCGUUCGUGUUUGUUUAGCAAUGUUGAUCAAUGGCUUCUGUGCAAUUUUAACAUUCACUUAGCCUUUAAUACAGCAGGUGUUUGAAUUCUU